AUGGCAGCUGUCGAUUACAUGGACCCCGCUGCCGUUCCCGGCUUUAGCGCACCCCUCACCAUGGAUGACAUGAGGCGCAGCCACGAAGUCUACAAUGGCCUCCCCCAUAUCGAGACUCGCUACAAGGAGGAGAUCGAUCGCGACGCUGUCCAUGGACUGCUCGGGAUCAUCCUCCGCCACGGCCUAGGUCAUCUGGUAGGUGUGUACAAUUUACAUCGCCAUGAUCCCCUCCCGACCGACACCGUCAGAAUCGAGAAGGAUAUUGGCCAUCUUCUUGCCGGCGCGAGAAUGACUCCUCCAGUACCGCUCGACAGAGUCGACCUCGGCAACACGCACGCUUUGACAUAUCACGUGGAAGGCAACAAACUAGUCCCCUUCGAGUUCGGCGAGGGCCAGCAUUUGGUCCCGGCCGGGGUUAUCACGGCAGACUUCAUGGAUGAGUUCACCACUUUCGUCGCCCAGCGGGAGCUGGUUGAAGUGUUUGCCGUUGAGGUAGAGGAGUAG